AUGGAUGGUUUUAUGAAGGAAAGCCUAUUAAAAUGGAUUUCAUUAAUAACUGAGAGGAAUGUUAGCCUCAUAGACGGCGAAGUCCUCAACAAUUUAAUAGACCUUUCAGGUGCUUUUCCAUCAGUUACUACCUCAGAAUGUUACAAGGAGCGAAUCGGUUCGUUUUUGGAUGCAAUUUUUCAUCCUGGAGUUUCUAAUUUAUUUGACGUUGAAGGUGUGAUUUCUGGGAAAGCUGGCGAUGUGGAAUUGUUUGGGUUAUGCCUAACCGUUUUAUUGGGAUGUCUUCAAUGUCCCUCCAAACAGUCAUUCAUGGAUCCUGCUCUGGAUUUGAGUUUGGAUAUGCAAACUGCUAUAUUCCAUUUAAUUCAAGUGCCUAUGACCCAGUUAUCGCUCCAUCAUGAGUUCACUCGGGAUCUGGUCACAAGCAGAAUUCUCGAUUCAUCACAGUGUAUCCACAAUGAUAACUUGCCAAUUCGUCAUCAAACCAUUACUUGUAAAAUAGAAGAAGAAAUCUCAGAACCAUCAUCUAAGCCACCAUCUUCAACAGGCAUGUGUAACGGACAGAAAGUAGUUUGUACUGACAAUAGAAAUUUUGGUCUUUCAGUGAACACAUUCGGAUUUGAAUUCACUCGCCCUAAUUCGCCUACAGAAUAUGCUAAUGGACAUACAAACAAACUAAAAAAUGGUCUUGAUCACAGACCUAAUAAUCUUUCUUUAUGUAACACUCCUGAUCGAAGUCUGUGCAUUGCAUCCAGAUUGAAUUUAACCGAUAAUUUGGAACAUAAUGCGAAUCAUACUCAUCAUGCACCUCCACCUUUAGCCUCGCCUCUCACAUCCUUAAAGUGUCUCCUAGAUUCUCCAUCUUUGACACACAAGACACAAUUUCGAGAAUCAGAACGUGAAAAGCGUCGUUUAGCAGUGGAACUUGAGAAGGAACGAGUUUGUAGAGAUGAGGCGGAGAGUUUAGUUUCUGGAUUACGAAAACAGCUUGAAGAAGCCGCUGCUCGAGCAACUGAAUCAGAAUCUCGGGCUCUCCGUUUAUCUCGUGAACUAGCAGUCCUUCAUGAUCAGGGAGAUGAAUUAGCACACUGUCGUAAUGAAUUGGCUUUGCGAGAGGAAGAAAUUAAGAAUCUGAAACUACGCGUUAUGGGCUUUCAAGACCUAAUGGCUCAUACACGAAAGUUGGAAAUGGAAAAAAUUGAUUUACAGCAAGAAUGUGAAGAUCUUCGUCUGAAAGUAGAUCAACAGCUUUCUCAAUUAAGAGAAUUCAAAGAAAGACGUGUUAAAUGUAGUGAAAUUGAAGAACUCAAGUCGAAAUUACGUGAUGUUGAAGCUCAAUUGUUACAACAGCUUCGUGAACGUGAAUUAAUCGAAAAGGAUAUAAGACAACAACAUGAAAUGUCAACACAACUUAAACUGCAAUAUUCCAUAAAAAAGUUACAUCCCAAUAAUAAAUCAUUAGAUUGUCAUCAAUCUAAUUGUAAUGUAGAAGAAAUUGAAUGUACCGAACAAGGUAAUAAAGUUGUUGAUCAGCAUCCCAUUUUGAAUAAUUCAUGUCAAGAUUUGUCACUUUUGAAGCCUGGUGAAAAUUUGGGAACAGUAUUAGAGGAUGAUUUAAAGUCUGCCCGUUUAUUCAUAUCAAAACUGCAAUCACAAUUCGAUGAAGAACUUGGUUCAGCUAGACAACUGCUUGAGGAAAAAACUAAGCGUUUGUGUGAGCUUGAACAAAUUAUCAGUAAUAGGCUAUCCAUAACUGAGACUACUGAUGUCACUACUCAAACUGAAAUGUCUUGUACAACAAGAACGACAACAACUAGUCCUAAUGAAUUGUUAUCACCGGAAUUAUUGCCUGCUUCAACGGUUGAUGCGUAUAGUGCUGCGGCAGCAGCAGAUCGUAGAGGUCUUUCAAACGAAUUAGUUCGUCUACAUGAAGAAAUAGCUCAAUCAAAAAGUUAUGCUUGUGAAUUGGAACAACGGUUAACUGAAAUGGAAGGUGAAUUACAUUCUACAAAAGAUAAAUUAAUCUUUCAAACUACUUUAAGCAAUAGAAACCAAGAAAAUUGGAUUAUGAUAGAACAAGAAUAUCGUGAAUUACAGCGUCAACAUAGAAUAUUACAAAACAAUUUACUGGCAAAUGAAGAAGAUCGUUCUCGUAACGGUGCAAUAAUGACUGCAGAAAAUAAUGCUGAAUUUGAAGCAGCACGUAUGAAUUAUGAGAAAGAAAUUGGCUUAUUAAAUCAACAACUACUUGAGACAACAUUUGAAUGUCGUCGUCUAGAAGCAGAACGUGCUCGUGUAGCUGAACGUAAUUCUGACUUACAACGUGAACUAGAAACGACUAGAAUUUUGGUUGACUCAUUGAAACAAAAUUCUGAAUCUAAAUCAGUUGAAUAUUCAAAUCAUAUUAGAAAAAGUGCACCGAUUAUCUUAUCAAAUCUACAUUUACCCUCUUCAAUGCCUAAUGGUAAUAAUAAUAAUGGUAUUUAUAAUAGUAAUGGCUUGUAUUCAAAGGGUUAUAAAGUCAGUCAAAGAUGCCUUAGCGAUUCACUUGAAGAUUGGGAAGAUAGCGAUCAUGAUCAUGUUGAUGUCAAUUUUUCACCAUCACAUCAAAUUCGAUCAUCAGUAUAUCCGCAUGAAGUUAAGAAUAAAUUAAAUCAUCACUAUCAUCGUGAUUAUUCGUGCAUUGUAAAUGAUCGCAUAAACGAUGAGUCCCGUAAACCAGAAUAUAAUCAUCCUCAUACUGAAGAGUCAAGAUAUGUAAAGUGUAAAAAACGUCAUUCAAAAUUACGUACAGAUUCAAAACAGUUAGAUCGAUUGGCUUCUAGAACACAAGAAUUGGAAGAGUUUGCUAUUCGAUUGCGUGAACAAUUUAAUCAGCAUCAAUCCUCUACACAAGUUAAUCCUUCAUCUGUAGGCGUGUAUCCCGAUUUGAUGGAUGUUCAUAAUAAUCAACAUGCUUUGAAAAAUACUCCUUUAAUGAUACCAAAGAAUCAAUAUCAGUUACAUGAUUUUAAUUACGAGCUUGUUGAUGAACAUGGUGAUGAUAAUGAACAAAGGGAGCAAGAUACUGAUGCUGAUUCUUCAGCUUACACAGAUUUAAGUCAAGUUUCUACGGUAUCUCAACCUGUUGAUUCAGGAUGCCAGAAUACUAAGCUAACAACAAAUAAUUUGCAAACUAACACAUCACAUAAUGGUCAAUCGAUGCUUCAACAUCACUCACAAUCUGUUGGGUUUAUGCCAUCAAUCUCGAAGAAUUUAAGGAGUAGUUCCCCUUUAUCUUCUGAUCCUAAUCGAUUAAAAGAAUUGCACUUACGUAAUCGAUUACAACCUUCACAUUUACGAUCAAGUUAUCCAGUUGAAACUCAGGUGAUCAAUUCAAAUGAUAUAGUUGGCACUUUGAGCCAAAUGACUACUGACAAUGUAAAUCAAUCACCUAAUCGAAUCAGAGCAAGUGGUCGAAAAAUGCAUCGUAAUAAUUCUCAUCAUAACGAACCUCCUGUAAGCAAUGUUAGUAACAAUCCUACUGCUAGAACUGUUCCCUCUUCAUUAUCAAAUGAUUACCAAAAGAAUUCGCAUAUCAAAUCUAUGCAUGAUAAUAAUUUUGAACAGGAAUCAACGCCUUCACCAUUAGCCGCUGGUUAUCAACCCCUCCCCAAAGAUAUACAAUCAUUUAGUGAAGCGCUUAUCUCUGCAUCUGUGGAUAAUAAAGCUAUGGAUUAUGUAUUAACUACACAUCCUAAUCUUAUCAAGUCUGUGAAUACUAAUAACGAUAAUAAUAAUGGCUGUAAAUCAUCACACUCCUUGUCUCCCAGUAUCCAGAAUGUAAAUAUCUCAACGUCGGAUAGAAAAACUGGAUUCUGUAAUAGUAUCCCUGAUACAUUUCCAAAAUAUAACAAAAAUCAUGCAAAAUAUAAUGUGUAUGAACUAAAAACUGAUAGUGGUACUGGCGGUGGUUUAUCCUCUGAUAAUGAAAAUAUGAAUCCUCCUUUAUCAAAUAUUGCCUGCCGUCGAUUCACUGAUGCAGAUCUAUUCGUUAAACCAUUGGAUCCUGUUCAUGUUCAUCGUCAUAGAAGUAAAAAAGUUGAUACCUAUUCUACUCCACGUACUAAUGGUAUUUCAUCAACCAGUUCUGUACAAAGUAUUGAUGAUCUUAGCGGUGCAUCAAGUAUUCGAAGUAGUAAGAGUUCAAUCGCUUUCGAAAUUAAGAAUGAUCAAAAAGUAACUGUACGACGUUUACCAGCUCCAAGUUCACAACUAUCCUCUCAAUAUCAUAAUAACAAUAGUGAUAAUAACAAAUCACGAAAAUUGGGACAAUCAACUAAGAAAUUAAAUAAUUUUAAUUGUAAAUCUGCAUUUUCUUCAUCUAAAUUAACUAGAACAACCACUAAUACUUCAACUCCAUUAAUCCCUCAAUGA